GACGAGUGGCGAGUGAAGAUAGUUACGACGAGAUAGGCGAUGGGAACUCCGAUGGGACAGUGCCUUGGUUGCCAUCCGGUGCUCACCUAUCUAUCAAGCAAGCGCUACGAACGUUUCGUCGCAACAUCGAACACGAGUGCCCACCGCCACACGGGGGGUUUCUACCCUUCCAAGGCUGUGUGUCUCUCUAACAACGUCACUGCUCUUCUCUACCCCCCUUCCCCCACCCGCCACCACCCGCCACCACUUUUCGAACCAACGGCGAACCUCUCCGCCUCCGAUUUCGCAAGUUCUGCAAAAUCUCGAGCAAGAAGUCGAGCGGAGGUCUUUCAGUCAGUCGACGUUAGGCAGUCAAUCGUGGACGAAAAACGUCACGAGGUGGUUAUUAUAGUGAUUAGUAGGGACGCUUUCGGAAUUUUUUUCUCCCAUCCGGACGACAUUCGAACGCGGAGAUAUUAAUCGGCGUUUCGCCGAACGUACUUGGACACCGCAUCGGUGGACUGUCUCGGAAAAACGGAUUUAGAAAUGUGCUGAAAAUAUGGACAUCCCACCGGAUCGCGGCGUCUACAACGCCCGCAAAAUGGGCCUCCCUUGUCCGCUGGUUAUUUUGCUGAUACUCAUCUACGCAGCUCAAGCUCAAAGGAGUUUGGAGUUCUAUGACCUCUUGCCAGAAGAUCCAAAGUUAUACGACAAGAUGCGACCUCCGAAGAAAGACGGACAGGCGACCGUCGUCUAUUUUCACGUAACAGUAAUGGGUCUAGAUUCUAUAGAUGAAAAUUCGAUGACUUACGCCGCGGACAUUUUUUUCGCCCAAACGUGGAAGGACAACAGACUGCGAUUACCGGAAAAUAUGACGUCCGAAUACAGGUUACUGGAAGUUGACUGGCUGAAGAAUAUGUGGCGACCGGAUUCGUUCUUCAAGAAUGCAAAAUCCGUCACGUUCCAAACAAUGACAAUACCGAAUCACUACUUAUGGCUUUACAAGGACAAAACUAUUUUAUACAUGGUCAAGCUGACGCUCAAAUUGUCCUGUGCCAUGAACUUUUUGAUUUAUCCCCAUGACACGCAGGAGUGUAAAUUGCAAAUGGAAAGUUUAUCGCACACGACGGACGAAAUGAUAUUUCAAUGGGACCCUGACGUCCCCCUGGUCGUCGACGAGAACAUAGAACUUCCCCAGCUACAAUUGGUCAAAAAUUACACGGCCGAUUGCACGCAAGUCUAUUCCACCGGAAAUUUCACCUGCCUGGAAGUGGUGUUCGUCCUGAAGAGACGUCUGGGCUACUACCUCUUCCAUACCUACGUUCCUACGUGCCUCAUCGUGAUCAUGUCGUGGGUGUCGUUCUGGAUAAAACCGGAAGCGGCUCCAGCCCGCGUGACCUUGGGCGUGACAUCCCUGCUCACCUUGUCCACGCAGCACGCUAAGAGCCAGGCGUCUCUGCCGCCGGUGUCCUACCUCAAGGCGGUCGACGCCUUCAUGUCCGUCUGCACAAUAUUCGUGUUCAUGGCUCUGAUGGAGUAUUGUCUGGUCAACAUCGUUCUCGGUGAUUCGGACGCGCCACCGGCAAAACCUCCACCCCCUCCGCCGCCGCCAAGUUCCGCCGGCGGACCGGACGGCACGAAAUUAGACAAGAUCUUCGACAUCGCUACCCAGAAGGCCGCAGCGGCACCACCUCCGGGACCCACGCCUGCGCAACGUGCGAGAAUGCGCGCCCUCAACAUCGACAGAGUGUCCAGGGUGUUCUUCCCCUUCCUGUUCGCCCUGCUGAACGUCACUUACUGGAUAAUGUUCGCCGAGUAUAUCUAAACGCGGCGAACCAGAAGAAGAACGCGAGAAGAAGUGCGGCCAGUCAUUAAAUUGACCGUUGUUCGAGAAAAUAAUUGAGUCUGGACGCCGAACGGGUCCGGGUAGAGGGUGUCCAUCGAAUUUGAUUCAAGUACGACAACGAAUCACGUUUGUAACGGGAAAUGAGAAGAACGAAAUGAGGAAAAAAAAAAAAAAAACCCUAAAUGAAUAAUGUGAAACAAAAUACAAUCAGCGAUACACAGUUGACGAUGACGAUCGUCGUUCGUGGAUCGAAUCGAAGGGUGAUGAAAUUAUGCAAAUCUUACCGGAUCGAAUGAUGACUUGUUUUUUGAUCGUCCAUUUCUGGAUAUUAAACGCUAUUUUAACGCAAAUCGCGCAUCUAGUCCGCUAAACUCUGGAUCCUCGAAAUCCGAUCGGAGUUGAACCGUCGAGUUUGAGAAAAUUAGAUAUACGAUGCUGAUCGCUUCUCGUCCAACUCUUGCGUAGAACGCUCGAAAUAUCUUCUAUUCUUCAGUUCACUUUGAGCGAAUAAAAAAUUUCACUUGUUUUCUACAAUUUUCGUGCUUCAAUCAACAAAAAAAAAACAGAAUUAGAAAACAGGGUGUAAAAAAACUAGAAAACUUAAUCGAUCGUUAGGGUUAUUGAUAUUCAACUAGAUAAUAAGAUGGGUGAAUGCGCUGAAACAAAAAUGAGAACUAAAAUUCAUGCCGUUUUUUUUUCUUCCUUUCAAUAAUUCUUAGUUUUUUUUUUUUUUUUUUUUUUUUUCAAUUACAUACUCGAUACACGGACAGUACAAAAGCUUUUUCUUUGAUUCGAUACAAUCAGACGGUGAUUUGGUUUCCUUAAUUACUAAUCACGAUGAUUGUCAUAAUUCGCAUUAGGUUUGAAAACGUACAUGCAUACCUAAUUAUUCACAAAACAAUCGACGCUGAUUGGGUGAUUAUAGAUCACAUUAAUAUGACGAUGUAUAUUUGUUAAUUACUGAUAAAAGAGAAAGAUAAGAAAAUUAAUAUUCAAUCAAUGUAAUAAACGUGGCGUGGAUCAGUCUAACAAUAAGUAUAAUUUAUCGAGCUUUAAACAUUAAACCACAUAGUACCUAUCUCAGCUAGCUGUAUUGUGUAAAUUAAAAUUCGAAAGCCUUUUUAGCAUAUUGUAGGCAUGAUAAAUUAAUACGCAAAUAAAGAUCCGAAGAGGCUUGUUCAACUAUAAGAAAACUUCAAUUUCUAAAAGUCCAGAGUUAAUUCAAACGUAGGUGGAAAUCGGAGAGAAAGAAAAAAAAACUAGCCUCAAAAAACUCAAAUUAUUGUACAGUAGAUUAUAUGUCGUUUUUCCGUUGAUUUUUCCGUUAUCGUAUUUUAAUUUUGUAUCAUAAUCACGUAUCUGUAGAUAUUAAACGAGGAAAUAAGAGAAAAAAAAA